CAAUACUUCAGUUUCAGACAUUAACUGCCCCAUGAUAAGUUCAAAUUUUGUAUAUUAAUGUAUUCUUUUAAUUUAAAUUGUAAAAUUUUUACACUGGGGAGCUUAUAAAAGUGUUUAACGUUUUCUACUAAAUAUUUGUUAAUUAGGGAGCAAUAAGUUGAAUGUGAUAUAUAAAGAUGCCAAGUGCUGUGGGCAUAGUUGAUACUUCACACCCUGCCAACAAUAUCAAGAUGCAACUUGAGUGUUUGGAAUUGGCCGGGUGCACCCUGGACCGGCAUAUAAACGCCGAUAAUUCCCGCCCUUCCUUUUUAGAGAUAACUGGGAUAGCAGCUCAAAGAGUGCCAACAUGCAGUGGUCUAAAUGCCGGGGACUACAGAAACCUGGCUGCUCUACUCAAUCAUCCAAAUUUGUCCCAGCUGAAGACACUCAACAAGGUUCCACUACCACCAGAAAUUAUGGAACACUUUGCGCAUAUGCAAUGUCAUUGUCUAAUGGGAGUCUUUCCAGAAAUAAGUAGAGUGUGGCUCACGAUAGACAGUAACAUCUAUGUGUGGGCCUUUGAGCAUGGCACUGAUGUAGCCUACUUCGAUGGACUAGGGGAGACCAUAGUCAGCGUGGGCCUGAUCAAACCCAAGCCUGGAGUAUUCCAAAACUUUGUUAAAUAUUUGCUAGUAUUGACAACAACUGUUGAAAUUGUAGUCUUAGGAGUAACAUUUUCUUCAAGCAAAAAUGAAGGCGAUAAUUUUGAGGAGAUGCACUUAGUCCCUGAGCCUGUGUUUGUCCUACCCACAGAUGGUGUGUCAAUGAUGUCUGUCAAAUCUACGGCUAGUGGUAGAAUUUUUAUGGGAGGUAAAGAUGGGUGUCUUUAUGAAAUAACUUACCAAGCGCAGUUAGGGUGGUUUGGUAAACACUGUCAAAAGAUAAACCAUUCAACAAGUGCCCUUUCAUUCCUAAUGCCAUCCUUCCUAAAUGCAGCCCUGUAUGAUGAAGACCCCAUAGUUAAAAUUGAAGUAGACAAUUCUCGGAACAUUCUAUACACAUUGAGUGAGAAGGGAUGCAUAGAAAUGUUUGAUUUGGGGCAAAAAGGAGACAGUCUUAGCAGGGUGGUCAGACUGACACAAGGAAGGAUUGUGUCUUCUGCAGUUGAUAUAGUGAAAACUCUAGAACCAACAAACUUCAAACCUGUAAUAGCAAUCUCAGCAGUUGAUGAGUCAGAAUCCGAACAUUUCAACUUAGUGGCCGUCACUCAAGCUGGAGCACGGCUGUACUUCACCACUGAAGGAGGAGAUCCCGGGCAAGGAGGCCCCUCGCGGCCGCAGUACCUCACGCUGAUGCACGUGCGCCUGCCCCCGGGCUUCACGCCCAACGCUUCGGUGCUCAAGCCCAAGCAAGUUCACAGUGCCGUCUAUGAGAAUGGAACUCUGCUCAUGGUGUGUUCCGCCGGCGGAGGCGAGGCGGAGACCCUCUGGUGCCUGUCUCGAGCCAUCCCCGGGGCCGGGUUCAGCGAGGCCCACACUCUGCUCGCGCUCGACGGGCCCGCCUGGGCGCUCACGGCGCUGCCCUCGCACCAGACCGCACAUUUAUCCCCAGCUUUAGUGACCAAAAAAGACCCUUGGAGCGUGUCCCGCUGGGCCGUGGUGACGGGGUGCGGCGCGGCGUGCGUGGCGGCGGGCGCGGCGCCCGACGUGCUGCGCACGCUGCUGCGCGACUGCCGCGGGCCCGACGCGCAGCCCGUCAAGGACUUCUUCCAGUUGCACGGUGUAGAGCAGGCGUGCGCCUGCGCGUUAUACCUGGCGUGCGAGGAGACAAACAGCGGGGACAUGUCCAUAAGCGAGUGGGCGACCCGCGCCUUCUUCCUCUACGGCGGGCAGGUCACGCAGCACCCGCAGCCCAUGUUCCAGCCCAACUCGCAAAUGGCGUCCACGAUAGCUUCACCAAAGUUUUCGCCACGUCAAAUGUCAACGCCCAUGAACGCGCCGAAGGGCCGGCCGAACCAGUUCCCACAGAGCCCAACCGGCAACUUGAAUCAGUCGUACCAACUGAACCGCUCGUACCCACGGUCCCCUGGCCAGCAGAUGAUGCCACAGUACCCUCAGAGUCCGGGCUUCAACCAAAGUUUUGGGGCGAAUGUGACCCAACAAGUGAGGGACCCGAGCUACCCCAUACAGUUUGAGUUUAGCGCAAAACACAAUGGAGCGUAUAUUUAUGUUGGCAAGAUUCUGUCCCCAAUUUGGAACCAGAAAUGCGUCUCGAAAUCGCAAAUGCCUGAUAAGAAGGAAUUUAUGUCAAGCCGGGUGACGGGCGAGGACUGCGCGUUCAUAGUGCAAAAACUGCAGCGCGUGGCCGCCUUUCUCCAACGCGCCGUGCCAUCGCAGCAUUCUGACGAAAACUCCUCCUUGCAUGCCUUGAAACUGUUUGUCACAAUGGCGAUAGAGAUGCUCAGCCUGUGGAAGGUGCUUUGUGAACACCAGUUCCACGUUAUUGCGGCGAGUCUACCCCCGGAGCAACAGAGCGCGCUACAGGCCGCCAGCUUUAGGGAGCUGUUAGUCGGCGGGCAGGAAGUAGCCUGUCUCCUGCUGGAUUCUCUAGUGGCCGGCUACCUGCGCGACAACGCCUCCGUGGACGGUAUCUCCCACAAACUGAGGCAGUUGUGCCCCACGCUGUACAGGCAGGAAGAUGCUACAUGUUCGAAGGCUAACGAAUUAUUAAUAUUCGCCAAGCAACAGAAGAAUCCCGCAGAGAGAGAAGAAAUGUUGCAAACUGCACUGAAACUCUGUAAGGACGUGGCCCCGAACGUGAACCUGCCGCUGGUGUGCUCGAAGCUGGUGGCGGCGGGCUUCUACUCGGGCGUGGUGGACCUGUGCGCCGCGUGCGCCUGCAAGCUGGACCCGCAGGACAAGGCCGUGCACUUCUACCGGAGCGACCAGCCCAGCCAGGACCGCGAGGGACAACUUAUAUAUUAUAGGAGAAUGGAAAUAUACCGCGAAGUGUGUAAUGCUUUGGAGAGACUGUACGAGAGCAGUUCAGACAACAACGCCAAUGAGACUGGCGUGCUGAACACUUCUCAGGGUCACUCCGCUAAUGACAACACACUCAGUAUGUCGGCUGCCGACGCUAACUUUCAGGGAAGGAAACUCGUUUGGGACUGUCUUUCACGCGAUGACGAGCUACUACACGUGGCCGUAUAUGAAUGGCUAGUCAGUAAAAACUUAGGAUCAGAAUUACUAUCACUGGGUACCGCUCCGCCGGACUCUCUCCGCACAUACCUGAACGCGGCCGCGCGGACGGCCUCACCGCCCGCGGCGUUACAUCUACUGGAUCUGCUCUGGAAGGUUCUGGAGAAGAGCGGGGACCAUCUCGGCGCUGCGACCGUGCUAGAGGGGCUUGCCACUAGACCCGGGUCGGGCGCGACGCUGGCGGCGCGCAUGGCGUGGCUGUCGGCGGGCGUGGUGUGCGUGCGCGGCGCGGGCGCGGGCGGCGGCGAGCUGCUGCGGCGGCUGGAGGAGGCGGCCGAGGUGGCGCGCGUGCAGGCCCAGGUGCGCGCCGCCGCCGCCGCGCUGCCCCGCGCGCUGCGCCCGCCGCCGCCCCUGCUGCAGCGCCUGCACGACCAGCUGCUCGACAUCACGCAGUUAUACGAAGAAUACGCCGACCGCUACAACCUCUGGGAGUGCAAGCUCGCCAUCGUGCAGUGCUCGGGCCACAACGACGACCUGCUGGUCGAGAACAUUUGGAGCAACAUUCUCGCGGAGGCCGAAGCGGCGGCGCGCUCGCUGCCUUCGCCCGACGACAGGCUGGCGUCUGUCCUCAGCAAACUCACUACUUUGGGACGGGAAUACGUUAAUACGGGACACUGUUUCCCACUAUAUUUUAUCGUCCGUCAGUUAGAAAUAUUGGCAUGCAAGCUACAAGCAGACCAAGGCAUGGUGUUUAGAACAAUUCUGAAUAUUGGAGUUUCUAUUGAACAAGUUUUGGAUAUUUAUAUUAAAUUGGUGAGCGUGAACGAGCGCGUGUGGCUGGGCAGCGGCGACGAGACGCACCUGUGCGGCGCGGCGGCGCGGCUGCUGGAGGCGGCGCGCGCCGAGCUGGCGCCGCUGGCCGCCGCCGCGCGCCGCCGCGCCCGGGCGCGCUGCAAGGACCUGCACGAGGCAGCCGUCUCCUCUCUACAGGCACGACCGAACACGCAGCGACUCAUCGACCGGCUGACCGCGGCGCAGGCGCACCUGGACCGGAUGGAUUGAUGCUAACUCCUAGUCUAUUACCCGUAUCCAAUUUUAGCUCCGUAAGUUAAUAUUUAAUUAGCAGUUUAGUAAUUUUUCCCAGUCUUGACAUUUUCGCUUUCCAUUUUAAUCUAAACUUUUGUUAAAAGUCAGAUACCCAAUAAAAGACAGCAGUGACUGAAAUAUUUUUAUUUCAUAUUUUACACUUUCUUUGGUAGUAAAUCUACAGCUACGUAAACAAUAAAAAAUUUUAUACAAUUAUUACCAACUUAUUAUUUAAAUUGUCACAUAUUCAUACUACCGAAUAUAAGAAUACUUACUAAUGAUAGUUAGUUAUUUUAAUGGCAGUGAUAAGUUAAUUAUUGCUAGACCAUAUACUGUAAAAAUGAAUACAAAUUGCAGACAUAAGAUGAUAAUUUGAUCAAUUUCUUGUUAGAUCGCCACAAUAUGUAUAAUGUCAAUGAGUUAGUUACGUCAAUCAUGUGCAUGUUUAAAUGAGAUAAUAAUAGCCGAAGUGAUUAUUGGUCUCGAAAACAUUGAUGAUUUCUAUUUUUGUAAAAUAAAUGAUUCUUCAUUUAA